CUCAAACAAAAACAAACGUAUAGAUUUUGUUUUGGCUAAAUUUUCAUCGUUUUUUGUUAAUAUUUGGAUGUGCAUUUGUCGAAAUUAAUUCAUUAACACGAAUUCAAAGGUCAAUUUACUCACUCAAGUACUUAAUUUGUGAUAAAAUGCCAAAUUCAAUGGAAAAUUCAAAGGAAAAACAGAACGAUUUAUGGGACGACACUCUCAUCAUCAAAGCAUACGAGGAAUCCAUGAAACUCGCAAAGGAGGAAGUUGCCAAACGUCUCGCGAAUGCCACAAAUAAAUCCACGAAAAAAUCCGUCGAAUCACCCGGAAGCUCAAAGCAACCCGCACAACCGAAGGAUUUCAAGGUCGGCGAAUUUUGUCGUGCCACAUACGAAGAUGGCGUCGAUUACGAGGCAAAAAUCAUGGCAGUCGAUUCCAAUGGGAAAUUCACAAUUCGCUAUAUCGGCUACGAGAACGAAGAGUACAAAGAAAAGUCUGAAUUGUUGCCAUCGUGGGGUAAAAAGGCACGAAAACAACAAAAAUUCGAAGCUAAACAAGCUGGCAAUGUAGCAGAAGACGGAUCUGAGUCAGGAGUCAGCAUGGAACAUGAUUUUGGAGCUGGUCAAGUCCUUUUCGAGCGACAAAAAGCAGGAAAAGCUCAAGCAAAAUCAUCUGGGGGAGUAUUUUUCCCGCCACCCCCGCCGAUGCCCCCCAUGCUCGACGAGAAUCUCGAAGAUGCUGAACAUUUGUCAGCCAUGUUGAUGUCGUGGUACAUGAGCGGAUAUUACACCGGCUUGUAUCAAGGACAGAAAAUGGCAGCAGCACAAAAACGCAAGGGACACUAAACUCGAUUUAUUUAGUAAAAGUUAAGCCAAGCUACAAACUACUUAGGAUUUAAGUGAAAAUGAUGUGAAUGAGACUCCUGUGAGAGAGCAAAAAAUGAGUGAAUACAAGAAAUUAUAGUUGAUUACCAAAAGCUUUGUUCCACU